AAGCUGCCCAAGAUCCCUGACAGUUCAACCCGCCUCCUACCACAACUUCCACAGGUACGGUGCCUAACAUCAGUCUCCCAGGCUUUGGCAAUUGCUAACCAGUAAGCAUAUGUAACAGACAAGUUUGCACACUACAUGCUAAGCAUAAUGUCUUGGUAUUGCAUUAUAGAAAGUGUGGGUGGUGUAACUCCAAUAACUAACAAUCCAAUUGUUACAUUUCCAAUUGUUUAAAGUCAUUAGUCCCAUACUCUCUCAUUUUGCACUCAACUAUUCCAUCAUAUUCGUCUUCAAAGAUCCGCUCCAAACCCCAGUGGCAGGAGACAGCUCCUGCCUUUGUUCUGCAGUCGCCAGUCAGAGGAGAGUCCCAUGGCUUUGGGGCGGCAGUUAGAUUCUCCGGUAAGUUAUGUUCUCACUGAUAUAGGCUGGUAGCAAAUAGGACAUAGUUUCAACUCCGUUGUAGUUUUCAAAACAUAUAAUUCACCAAAGGUGACUCAAAUGGAGAACAGCACAUUGUAUGUUGCAAUCAAUGAGUUGACAUAGCUCCUUACAAUAACAAGACUUAUGGAUUUUUUAAACAUACACGCACCCUCCACAAACAGUGAAUUGAGUGGUAAGGAAAUUAUGGAUGUCAUAACUGACUUCCCUCACCAUGUUUUUUCUUAGCCUCACAUACUGUGACUGCGUGGAAUAUAAUCCCGUCACCCCAAUGCCCCAUAUGUUUCUUUUUGACCUAUAUGAUGAUGUCCAUCCACUGUAACUGCGUGGACAAGGCAAUACUAUGCUUUAUAUUCCCCCCCCCCCCCCCCCUAUACAGUGAGGGGAAAAAAGUAUUCGAUCCCCUGCUGAUUUUGUACGUUUGCCCACUGACAAAUAAAUUAUCAGUCUAUAAUUUUAAUGGUAGGUUUAUUUGAACAGUGAGAGACAGAAUAACAACAGAAAAAUCCAGAAAAACGCAUGUCAAAAAUGUUAUAAAAUGAUUUGCAUUUUAAUGAGGGAAAUAAGUAUUUGACCCCUCUGCAAAACAUGACUUAGUACUUGGUGGCAAAACCCUUGUUGGCAAUCACAGAGGUCAGACGUUUCUUGUAGUUGGCCACCAGGUUUGCACACAUCUCAGGAGGGAUUUUGUCCCACUCCUCUUUGCAGAUCUCCUCCAAGUCAUUAAGGUUUCGAGCCUGACGUUUUGCAACUCGAACCUUCAGCUCCCUCCACAGAUUUUCUAUGGGAUUAUGGUCUGGAGACUGGCUAGGCCACUCCAAUACCUUAAUGUGCUUCUUCUUGAGCCACUCCUUUGUUGCCUUGGCCGUGUGUUUUGGGUCAUUGUCAUGCUGAAAUACCCAUCCACGACCCAUUUUCAAUGCCCUGGCUGAGGGAAGAUUUGACGGUACAUGGCCCCGUCCAUCGUCCCUUUGAUGCGGUGAAGUUGUUCUGUCCCCUUAGCAGAAAAACACCCCCAAAGCAUAAUGUUUCCACCUCCAUGUUUGACGGUGGGGAUGGUGUUCUUGGGGUCAUAGGCAGCAUUCCUCCUCCUCCAAACACGGCGAGUUGAGUUGAUGCCAAAGAGCUCAAUUUUGGUCUCAUCUGACCACAACACUUUCACCCAGUUCUCCUCUGAAUCAUUCAUAUGUUCAUUGGCAAACUUCAGACGGGCAUGUAUAUGUGCUUUCUUGAGCAGGGGGACCUUGCAGGCGCUGCAGGAUUUCAGUCCUUCACGGCGUAGUGUGUUACCAAUUGUUUUCUUGGUGACUAUGGUCCCAGCUGCCUUGAGAUCAUUGACACGAUCCUCCUGUGUAGUUCUGGGCUGAUUCCUCACCGUUCUCAUGAUCAUUGCAACUCCACAAGGUGAGAUCUUGCAUGGAGCCCCAGGCCGAGGGAGAUUGACAGUUCUUUUGUGUUUCUUCCAUUUGCGAAUAAUCGCACCAACUGUUGUCACCUUCUCACCAAGCUGCUUGGCGAUGGUCUUGUAGCCCAUUCCAGCCUUGUGUAGGUCUACAAUCUUGUCCCUGACAUCCUUGGAGAGCUCUUUGGUCUUGGCCAUGGUGGAGAGCUUGGAAUCUGAUUGAUUGAUUGCUUCUGUGGACAGGUGUCUUUUAUACAGGUAACAAACUCAGAUUAGGAGCACUCCCUUUAAGAGUGUGCUCCUAAUCUCAGUUUGUUACCUGUAUAAAAGUAUAAAAGACACCUGGGAGCCAGAAAUCUUUCUGAUUGAGAGGGGGUCAAAUACUUACUUAUUUCCCUCAUUAAAAUGCAAAUCAAUUUAUAACAUUUUUGACAUUUGGAUUUUUUGUUGUUGUUAUUCUGUCUCUCACUGUUCAAAUAAACCUACCAUUAAAAUUAUAGACUGAUCAUUUCUUUGUCAGUGGGCAAACGUACAAAAUCAGCAGGGGAUCAAAUACUUUUUUCCCUCACUGUAUGUGUCUUAUGUGACCUAUAUUGAUGUGUCUCCACUGUCCACUGUAGGAGAUGUGCUGGGUGGAGGGUCGGGGACCAGGCGUUACCAGAGCCUGAACAGAGGUCUGGAGGACUCCCAGAGCAGAGAGGCUGGCCUGUCAUCAGAGUCCUCCAAACAUUGCAGCAGUAGCCACACUCAGCCCAAAAAAGACCGAGAGCACUUCCGCAGUGCCCUGGUCAGCAUAAUCCUGUGAGUCCAAUCAAAAAAUCAAUCAAUCCAUACAUGGCCUAUUCAUCUCCAUCCAUCCAAACAUCCACCCACCGACUCACCUGAUGCUCGGUAGCACUUUUCACUAAAAUACAACAUUAUCCUUUAACCAAAUCUCUCCUGUGUUUCAGGCAGCAUGAGUCUGCCAGUGGUAAAACCAUUGUGGAGGACAGUCAGCCCCCUACCUGUGGGUCCCCCACAGCUACAGAGAAGGAUAUCCUGGUAAGGGAAGGUGCUAUUUGGGUAUAUAUCGUUAAUUAAUAGGUCCAAAAAAAUGAAUGUAGCAACUGUGGAUUGCCUCUUUAAUGUGUCUUAUCUUUUUAUGGCCACCUUGUCAGAGAUAUUACUAUUACAUCCGCAAUGGGAUCGACACAGAGCAUGUGGCAGCCAUGGAGGACUCCUGGCUGGAGAAUGUUCUGGACCUGGUGCCCACUCACCUGAAGAGGCUGACUAGGACCAUAGAGCUGCUAUCAGACGAGAUGAAGGAGGACUACCUGCUCAGUGUGAAGAAAGCCAUCGGUACUUAACCCAACACGAAUCCAUCUUUGUUCUUUAAAUGAUCAUUAAGACAUAUCUGUCUGUAGACUCUGAUUUUUUCUGUACCUCCAGCUUUCACGGUAGCACAUGCAUAACAAUAACGUCUCUAGAUUCUGUUCUAAAAUGUACAUAUCUAUUAUUAUUCUCUCUGUCUUUUGCUGCACAGACUUGCUUUUUAAGUAAUGCUGUUUUGUUGUCGCCGUUUCAGUGGAUUUCGUACUUCGGGACCCAAGGGAAAACGAUGAAGACAAGGUCAAAGAUGUUCCUCCUCACAGAGUUGAGUAAGUCCCAUAAAAUGGAGAGAGGAUGUGACAAUAUGUGCAGUACUUUGAAACACACUUGGUCCUGUUAGCGGUUGAUGUUAUUCUUCAAUAACACAGACCCCAAAGCAAAUCAGGGGGAGAAAACCACUUGGGCUCAGAUUAAUUGCCUAUAGAAAAAAAGGAAUGUCUCCUUAGUGUUUUGUUGGUCCCCAACUUGGUUGUUUAAUAAAGCAACAUUUUGACUGUCAUGGUUUUCAGUUACUUGACAAAGACCUUAAAUGUUCUAACUAGCCUUUUUUUGUCAAAUUGUAUUCCUCUUAAAAAUAUUAAACUUCUUCUUAUCCUCUAUUCCUUGCUGUACAUUUUCACUCCUAAGAAUGGAGGUGGUCCCUAAACCAUGGAACAAAUCGUUCCUUCAUGCUCAAAAGAGGAUGAGAGACAAGCUGCACGCCAUCAACCCCACUAUGCUGUCAGUACUGGACCUGUGGCAUGUGUCUUUCAAGUGAGGACACUUCCAUCCUAUUCUCAUAGUCUUAUUUCCUUCUAUCUUUUUCUUCUCUUUCACUGUCCCAAGCCUUUAUAUUCUUUAUUGCCAUCUUGUCUGCUCUAUGUCUGCCUCUCUUUUUCUUUAAUCUCUCACCCCAUACGCUCUACUUGUAGGAAGAUGCGUCUCAUCGAUGUUGAGGAGUUCCACAACAGGCAGGAGUCCAUGGAGCUCUCCAUCUUCCAGCAUCUAGUCACCAGACACAUUGAGUGUGCCAAGGACAUUCUCCUCAAAAAGUAUGAAUACAUGUAAUAGAGUAGGUCCCCACUGGGUUAGAACCAGGGACCUGCAUACUGACACUUUGCACUUACAUUUCCUAUCACCCCACAAAGGCCAUGUCCCUUGCUGAGAAAGGAAACAACUACUUCAGGUCUCAGGAGGAUUGAUGUCACUUGCAGGAUGAAUACUACAAGUGCACUGCUAACUAGCUAGCGAUUCCACAUUGGCUUGUGUUAGGUUCUGACAGACAGAGUGAAAAACUAACGGACAACUAGUAAAAGCUCAAACCAAGUUUAUUCACCCACUGGGUCAAACAGCUGCAAAGACAAAGACAUAUUUACACAAGCACAUAUAGUUAUACCCUCCUUCUAGGUGGAGUCCACUCCUUGCACCUCAGAGAACUGGGAAUACAUGUUCACAGCCGAUUGAUGUGUUGGUCCAUGAUACAUUUCAGAAAGAGUAAAAUGUAUCCCGCUUGGUGCUACAGGCCUUCCAGUGGUAGUAUUAUACAGCAACCCCUCAGUGUCUACUUGGCACCCAUGUUCUAACCACUCCCACAUUUCUUUCUUGUUAGUUUGCUGCUGUAAAUCUUUUACACUUAGAAUCCCAGCCUUGGUAUUUACAAUAUUUACAUUCCUUAACACCUUCUCUUACUAAGGCUGCCUCAUUGGCCGUUUCGUCUGCUCGGCGAUUCCCUAUGGCUAUUUUAUCUGUGCGACUAGUAUGAGCUUCACAUUUCACCACUGCUAAUUUACUGGGUAGCUGACACGCUUCUAAUAAUGCUUCUACUUCAUGUCCAUUUUUAAUUGGUGUUCCUGUAACCGUUAACAUGCCCAGUUGAGACCACAAUGUACCGAAAUCAUGAACUACCCCAAAAUGCAUAUUGAGAAUCAGUGUAUAUUGUAACAUUCUCCCCUUCCGACAACCUACAGGCCUCGGCUAACACAUACAGUGGGGGAAAAAAGUAUUUAGUCAGCCACCAAUUGUGCAAGUUCUCCCACUUAAAAAGAUGAGGGAGGCCUGUAAUUUUCAUCAUAGGUACACGUCAACUAUGACAGACAAAUUGAGAGAAAAAAAUCCAGAAAAUCACAUUUUAGGAUUUUUUAUGAAUUUAUUUGCAAAUUAUGGUGGAAAAUAAGUAUUUGGUCACCUACAAACAAGCAAGAUUUCUGGCUCUCACAGACCUGUAACUUCUUCUUUAAGAGGCUCCUCUGUCCUCCACUCGUUACCUGUAUUAAUGGCACCUGUUUGAACUUGUUAUCCGUAUAAAAGACACCUGUCCACAACCUCAAACAGUCACACUCCAAACUCCACUAUGGCCAAGACCAAAGAGCUGUCAAAGGACACCAGAAACAAAAUUGUAGACCUGCACCAGGCUGGGAAGACUGAAUCUGCAAUAGGUAAGCAGCUUGGUUUGAAUAAAUCAACUGUGGGAGCAAUUAUUAGGAAAUGGAAGACAUACAAGACCACUGAUAAUCUCCCUCGAUUUGGGGCUCCACGCAAGAUCUCACCCCGUGGGGUCAAAAUGAUCACAAGAACGGUGAGCAAAAAUCCCAGAACCACACGGGGGGACCUAGUGAAUGACCUGCAGAGAGCUGGCACCAAAGUAACAAAGCCUACCAUCAGUAACACACUACGCCGCCAGGGACUCAAAUCCUGCAGUGCCAGACGUGUCCCCCUGCUUAAGCCAGUACAUGUCCAGGCCCGUCUGAAGUUUGCUAGAGUGCAUUUGGAUGAUCCAGAAGAGGAUUGGGAGAAUGUCAUAUGGUCAGAUGAAACCAAAAUAUAACUUUUUGGUAAAAACUCAACUCGUCGUGUUUGGAGGACAAAGAAUGCUGAGUUGCAUCCAAAGAACACCAUACCUACUGUGAAGCAUGGGGGUGGAAACACCAUGCUUUGGGGCUGUUUUUCUGCAAAGGGACCAGGACGACUGAUCCGUGUAAAGGAAAGAAUGAAUGGGGCCAUGUAUCGUGAGAUUUUGAGUGAAAACCUCCUUCCAUCAGCAAGGGCAUUGAAGAUGAAACGUGGCUGGGUCUUUCAGCAUGACAAUGAUCCCAAACACACCGCCCAGGCAACGAAGGAGUGGCUUCGUAAGAAGCAUUUCAAGGUCCUGGAGUGGCCUAGCCAGUCUCCAGAUCUCAACCCCAUAGAAAAUCUUUGGAGGGAGUUGAAAGUCCGUGUUGCCCAGCGACAGCCCCAAAACAUCACUGCUCUAGAGGAGAUCUGCAUGGAGGAAUGGGCCAAAAUACCAGCAACAGUGUGUGAAAACCUUGUGAAGACUUACAGAAAACGUUUGACCUGUGUCAUUGCCAACAAAGGGUAUAUAACAAAGUAUUGAGAAACUUUUGUUAUUGACCAAAUACUUAUUUUCCACCAUAAUUUGCAAAUAAAUUCAUUAAUAAUCCUACAAUGUGAUUUUCUAGAUUUUAUUUUCUCGUUUUGUCUGUCAUAGUUGACGUGUACCUAUGAUGAAAAUUACAGGCCUCUCUCAUCUUUUUAAGUGGGAGAACUUGCACAAUUGGUGGCUGACUAAAUACUUUUUUUCCCCACUGUAUAACUCUGCCCCCUAGGCUGACACAGAGACUGGCAGUGGGCCAGCCUUUACUACACCCCUGUCAUCACACACAGCGUACCCUGUUACUCUCUUUCCUUCUAUGGUCAUGUAGCUAGAGCCCGAUUCCAAUUAUGUCUCUUGCAAAUCGGGCCGAGGCUUUGGAGUAAUUUGAUCUGGGUCACAUAUGUGCGAUUCACCCUCCCCAGGCAAAGGCAUUAAUGAAGCAGGAUUCAAAGCACCAAUUUUAUGGAAUUGUAGAUUUUCCCCAUUUAACGUUAACUCCCAUUUUGUCCAUGUUGUGCUUUUGUGCUGUUAACUAUGGUUGCUACAGCGUGUGGAACAUACAGAUCCACUUUUUGCCCCAUUGUAAUCGAAGCCUUGUUAAGCAACACCAUCUCUGUCUCUUGUACUGCCCUCAGACACGGUGGCAUUCCUCUCGCCACCGAGUCUAACGAUUUACUCCAGUACAUUACUGGUCUCUUUUCCCCCAUGAUUUUGUGUAUCUACUGCACUACAAUUUUAAAAGGUAAUUAUAGGUUUGGCAACCCCAAUGCUGGCGCUUGACACAAUUGCUUCUUUAGCUCGACAAACGCUUCCUCACACUCUUGACUCCACUCUAUUCUUUCAUGGGGACCCUUCCCCCCCUUUCGUCAAUUCUGUAAGUGGCUCAACAAUUUCAGAAAACGACCCCCCAUUGUCAGAUUAGUACGUAACGCAUCAUCCAUCCGAUCCACAUAAUUUUGUAUUCAUUCUUUUGGACCCUGACUACAGUUACUAAUUUGCAUCCGGUCGAAACAAUAUAUUCCCAACUGUAGUCUCCGGGUCACAUGCUUCGCGUCCGGAGGACCAAGCCGACGUUCGAUAUCCCUGUGCGAGUGUUGGCAACAUGGCCUUUGGCAAAAGCGAGCGUACAAUAUGAUCUUAAUCACCAGCAUGAAACCCCAAAAUGAUACAGUGUUUCCUUAGGAAACUGAUAAAUUCCUGUCCCUCCUUAACUGAAUCCGGUGCCUCUUUCAUAAUACUACGCAUUUCGAUCACAAUCAGUGGCUGAUGGUGAUGCUGAAUUUGAAUCCGUACUUGGGGAUGCGCGUCUUCGUGAAUAGGAUUGUCCUCCCAUGGUACUAUUUGUCCCAGAUAAUAUGUAACCGGGGUCGCGUGUGUUCGAACGGGGCGCACAUCUCUAUGAUUACCUGGAUCAUGCUGAUACACUAUCCAGUCCGGUACUACUAUAUCCGGACUCGUAAUUUGCCUCGUAAUUUGCCUGUCGCAACCCAUAUCAGUCUUUUUCCUCUUUAAGAGAGGGGUAUAAUGGUGGCCCACUAGAUGUGACCUGUUUCACCUUGUAGCAUGGGGCGAACGUCGGAGGAAUUGCAUAUACUCCUCCACACAUGAGUUGUUUUAUUAGUUUUUGUCUAUCCUCAAGGGCUCCCUCUAAUUCCUGGUUUAGGUUUUUACUCUUUUCUAGCGCAAUAGCCAAUUCCUGCUUCUGUUCAUCUAAUCUAUGCACACGCCCUUCGGACACGCCCUUCCAUUUUACCUCGCAGUUCUCUAUUUUUCUGAUUUUCCAUCUUUUACUGCAGCUGAUAAAAUGCCGUGGUUAGGAUGCCUGCAUAUUGUGGUCUGGACCGUUCUCUGAUUUCAGUAUUCCACACUACGAUUGCAUCCAUACACUCCUGGCUGGUUUUAAACUUUCCAUCUACGGGAUGUGUACCAAUUUUGUCCAGUUUGGUUAAUUUUCCCCACCAUUUAUUUGGUUCUUGGUGCUGAUCAUAUGCCUUUUUUAGUGCCUCUAAUGCUUUGGUAACAUUUCCCCCUUCUACCCCUCCCACUCCGGGAGUCUCCUGGCCUCUAGAAGCGAUAUCAGUUAUUAUUGACUCGGCAUCGCCCCCCAACGGCGUUAAGUAUUAACAGCUUAGGCUACCAGUAAUUUGUCCACCCCUCCGUAUACUUUUGGUGCUGGAUGACACUGUUGUGUCUCAAUUCCCCAUAGGCAAUUGUGGAAGACUAAUGUGUAGCAUGGGGAAGGGGUUUUAGUCCAAUUUCUCUACAUAAAUACCACUGUUCCCAACAUCGCUCAUUACCAUAAUUACUCACAGUUGUCCUCCUAUUUCCACCUAAUCUGUCAUGGUUCCACGCCCCAAUAGGGCAUAAACCAAUACAUCUAUUGCUACUGCUACUACACACGAAUCAUGUUCAAACAUUCAUACACACAUACACACACCCUACGGCUUCACGGCCACUGCGGCUGGGACUUUUGUCCCUCUUACGGAUCUCGCAGGGGAAUAUCCCCACUAGGGACCUAUCCUACACAGAACCUACCCAACACUCUAGUGCCACUCUAGGAUCUCGCAGAGAGCUAGCUCCACUUGGGACCUAUCCUAAUGGAACCUACCCUAAACCAUGUAUUUCUAUGGAUCUCGCAGAGGAACACCCCCACUCGGGAACUAUCCUUACGGAACCUACCCUAAACCAUGUAUUUACAACCGGUCGAAAGACAAUGGGACUACUGUAUAAGCUCAGGCUUUCUAGGUCCGUAUCCUAUUAUUGUUCAGCCUAUGACUCUCAUCUCCCCAAGAUAUCAGAAUGAGUGGUAACAGUUGUAGGAACUGUGCCUACCUUGUUUUUUUGUGCCGGCUCCUGCUCCACUGAUUCGGACUCACCAGUUCAACUGUAAAUCGUGGUGAAUCCUGCCGACAACGCCAACUGUUAGUUUUUCACUCUGUUUGUCAGAACCUAACGGACAACUAGUCAUAGCUCAAACCAAGUUUAUUCACCCACUGGGUCAAAGACAAAUACAUGUUUACACAAGCACAUAUAUUUAUACCCUCCUUCUAGGCGGAGUCCACUCCUUUCACCUCUAGACAGCCAAUACAUAUCUGUUGCUAGGCAGGAACUUAAAUGGUGACUGUUCCUUCUCACUUCAUCUGACCUGACCAUGGCCCGAAUUCCUCACUCCUCCCUAAUUCACGGCUGUCCUACCAGUUACUGAAACCAGACGGUUACCAAUUUCCUCACUCCAUAGGAUCCAUGAGAUUUAACAAUAACAUGUUCUAACAGAAUGUAAGCUCUGCACUCCCCCUUCCUCACUCAGUAAGUUUCCACACACCUAUUUGUUAUCCCUCCAUUAACCCCAACAUAUACAUUCAUUAUACAUGUAUAGUAAUCAAAUAAGUUCUCAUAUAGUAACAUGAAUAAGUAUAUUUCAAGCUAGAAUCCAACACUGGAAUCCAAUACCAGCGGAGGCUGUUGAGGGGAGGACGGCUCAUAAUAAUGGCUGGAAUGGAGCAAAUGGAAUGGCAUCAAACACAUGGAAACCAUGGGUGUUUCUCAAAAUGCAUUCUACCAUGCUCUGAGCAUGCAAAUUGGAGCACGGCAGAGUUGGAGUAUGAGUCCAAAUCAAAGUAUGCGAAACGGAGCAUGGAGGGCACUUCUCGAAUGCGUGCUCCGUUUGUAAAUAUUUAGAAAUGUGCGUCGAUGCAAGCUUCAACGAAAAGUAUGCAAAGAAAUAUGAAGCAACAAAGUAAAAAAUUAUGCAACAUUUCUUGAAAUAAAUUAUUGAGCUGAAGCGAUAAUGAAAUGUUGACUAUUCACAUGUCAUAUGUUGCCUGAAAACAAUAUUUUAUCUUGAUACAUUAAUAAAUACAUGCUGUGUUCAUUUUGGCAUGCUUACCUGCCUACAUACCGUAGAUCGCAAGCCCAUAACUCAAUAGGGCUAACUGGCUAGCUACAACUGUUAGCUAGCCAGAUAGCCACGAAGAAUUGUUAGCUAGCAACCUCAUGAAUAAUUGACAUCUAUCUUGCAUAAUAUUAGUUUUAGGUCAUUUUUGCCUGUUAAACUAUCUGGCUAGCUACAUUAUUACGAUUCACAUAUAGCUAGCUGAUAGUUAUGAAGUAAAACGGUUGCUUUGUGUAUAUCUUGUUUCGUCUCUAUUGCCAUUGUCCUGACUGGAAGACGGUUCAGUGAAUGGCUAAGUCCCAAGUCCAUAGUAAGUCAAUAGGGCUAAUUGGCUAGCUAGCUAGCCAUGAAGAAUUGGUAGCUACCCACGAGAAAUGUACAUCUACCUUGCAUAACAUUAGUUUGAGGUCAUUUUUGCCUGUUUAACUAGCUGGCUAGAUAGAUUAUUAUGAUUCACAUAACUAGCUGAUAAUUAUGAAUAAAAACGUUUGCUUUGUGUAUAUCUUGUUUCGUCUAUUGUUGCCAUUGUCCUGGCUGGAAGAAGGUUCAGUGAAUGGGGAGGUGAAGCGUGAGGUCAUACAGUAGGGGGAGUGUGAGUGCUUCUCAAAUGUAAUGUUUUAUGCAUUGUCCACACUCGUCCUCACAAUAACUUACUCAAGAGAACGUCAUUGGAGAAUGCUCUCGAAGCAUGAGAGUGUGGAGGACGGUAGAAUGCAUAUUGAGAAACACCCCAUGUGUUUGAUGUAUUUGAUACCAUUCCACUCAUUAUGCUCCAACCAUUACCACGAGCCCGUCCUCCCCAAUUAAGGUGCCACCAACCUCCUGUGCUUGAUACAGCCAAACACCUUAACAUAACUGUAGCAGGCUUCCGAGGUGCCAUUUCAGUGAAAAGUAGCAUCUUAGCCGGGCUGUGUCUGUCUUCCAUUUCUAGCCUAUACCCUAACUGUGUGCUUCUGAACAGGUGGUUUCCCGAAGUUCAGCACAUUUACUACCAGGGGAACAAACGCAAGCUGGUCCCCAGCAACACCAACGCAGCCAAACUGCAGUCCUUCUUCAACUGUGUGGCUGCCCUGAUGACCUCACAGCUCCAGAGCCUAGCACUGGAGUCCAUCCAGGAUUACACACACCUCAUUGCCCAGGACCCGGUAACUACAAUACACACACACACACACACACACACACAGUGUAUGCCAGUCAUUUUGAUUUUGGGGUCCUAUCUCCCAGUACUCGGUGAGGGCCUAUGAGCACCCAGGCUUUGUCCUGCGUCUGAUCCUGGAUGAGAACGACAUCAAGAUUGAGCCUGACUUCAAAGACUUUGAGGUCAUCCUUCUCAACGUCUACGACAUCAUGCUAAAAUCCAUCAGCUUAGUGCCGCGUGUGGAGACAAAGCUCUACUCAGAAUGGGUAAUAUACAGUGCCUUCGGAAAAUAUUCAGACACCUUGACUUUUUCCACAUUUUGUUACAGCCUUAUUCUAAAAUUGAUUAAAUAAAUAAAAAUCAUCAGCAAUCUACACACAAUACCCCAUAAUGACAAAGUGAAAACAGGUUUUUGGAAUGUUUGCACAUUUAUAAAAAAUAAAAAAACAUAAAUACCUUAUUAACAUUAAUAUUUAGACCCUUUGCUAGGGUCCCCAAGAACACAGUGGCCUCCAUUAUUCUUAAAUGGAAGAAGUUUUGAACCACCAAGACUCUUCCUAGAGCUGGCCGCCCGGCCAAACUGAGCAAUCGGGGGAGAAGAGCCUUGAUCAGGGAGGUGACCAAGAACCUGAUGGUCACCCUGACAAAGCUCUAGAGUUCCUCUGUGGAGAUGGAAGAACCUUCCAGAAGGACAACCAUCUCUGCAGCACUCCACCAAUUAGGCCUUUAUGGUAGAGUGGCCAGACGGAAGCCACUCCUCAGUAAAAGGCACAUGACAGCCCGCUUGGAGUUUGCCAAAAGGCACAUAAAGACUCUCAGACCAUGAGAAACAAGAUUCUUUGGUCUGAUGAAACCAAGAUUGAACUCUUUGGCCUGAAUGCCAAUUGUCACUUCUGGAGGAAACCUGGCACCAUCCCUAUGGUGAAGCAUGGUGGUGGCAGCAUCAUGCUGUGGGGAUGUUUUUUAGAGGCAGGUACUCUGAGACUAGUCAGGAUCGAGGGAAAGAUGAACGGAGAAAAGUACAGAGAGAUUCUUGAUGAAAACCUGCUCCAGAGCGCUGAGGACCUCACCUUCCAAUAGGACAACGACCCUAAUCACACAGCCAAGACAACGUAGGAGUGGCUUCGGGACAAGUCUCUGAAUGUCCUUGAGUGGCCCAGCCAGAGCCCGGACCUGAACCCGAUCGAACAUAUCUGGAGAGACCUGAAAAUAGCUGUGCAGCAACGCUCCCCAUCCAAACUGACUGAGCUUGAGAGGAUCUGCAGAGAAGAAUGGGAGAAACUCUCCAAAUACACGUGUGCCAAGCUUUUAGCAUCAUACCCAAGAAGACUUGAGGCUGUAAUCGCUGCCAAAGUUGCUUCAACAAAGUACUGAGUAAAGGCUCUGAAUACUUAUGUAAGGGUGAUAUUACAGUUUUUUAAAUUUAUAAAUUAGCAAAAAAUUAUAAAAUCCUGUUUUUGCUUUGUCAUUAUGGGGCAUUGUGUGCAGGUUGAUGAGAAGAAGAAAAAAACAACAACAUUGAAUCAAUUUUAGAAUAAGGCUGUAACUUAACAAAAUGUGGAAAAAGUCAAGGUGUGUGUGUGUGUGUGUGUGUGUAUGUUGGGAUGACCCUGAGCAUUUGACUCUCUUUGGCGUGAAUGGAAGAAGUAUAGAUCCUACUAUGUCUGUUUGUGUGUCUGUCAAUAACCCUCACAUCUCACUGCACGAGUAUAAGACUUAACACCCAACAUAUCACCUCAUCUACCUUCCAUCCUACCCCGCUCUUCCCAAGCCGGGCUGCCAGAGCGGGGGCACGCUCAAGCCCAUCGUCCUCCCGGAGAUCAUGCAGGCCCAGCAGGAGGAGUUGAGGAGGGUAAUCUGGGAGGAGAGCUCCGGGCCUCUGGACCAUGUGCGCCUCUACGACAAGUACGCUCCCCUGGUGUCCCAGCAGGCCCAGGAUGACGUGGAGCAGUUCCUCCGCGAGCAGCACUCCUUCCCGGAGAUCAUGAUGGAGGUCACCCGCUACCAACAGCUGGCCGACGAGAUCCAGUACAGCUCCAGCAAGGUGUGGAUCUAGUUUAGACCAAAUGUUAAAUUUUAGUCAAUUUUAAAGAUACACUAUGGAAGUUGAAUUGCUCAUUUUGGAUAAUAACAAUAAGUAGGCCUACAUUCAAAAGUAAAUUCAUUUAUGGAAGGUGAAACACACUUUAUCUUUGUUGAGGACAUUUUGGCCUGUGACAUGAUAAACAUACGAAAUGAAGAUAUACUCAAUAGGUACUGGGUGCCUGAGGGUAUGGACUGUUUGGAUUUGUUAGGAGGAUAUCAAAUCAAAUUUAAUUUGCCACAUGCGCCAAAUACAGCAGGUGUAGACCUUACAGUGAAAUGCUUACUUACAAGCCCUUAACCAACAAUGCAGUUUUAAGAAAAAAUUGAUAAGUCAAAAAUUAAAAAUAAUUAAAGAGCAGCAGUAAAAUAAAAUAACAGUAGGGAGGCUAUAUACAGGGGAUACCGGUACAGAGUCAAUGUGCGGGGGCACAGGUUAGUCGAGGUAAUUGAGGUAAUAUGUACAUGUGGGUAGAGUUAAAGUGACUAUGCAUAGAUAAUAAACGGAGAGUAGCAGCAGCGUAAAAGAGGGGGUGGGGUGGGGGGACAAUGCAAACAGUCCGGGUGGCCAAGAUUAGCUGUUCAGGAGUCUUAUGGCUUGGGGGUAGAAGCUGCUAAGAAGCCUUUUGGACCUAGAGUUGGCGCUCCGGUACCGCUUGCCGUGCUGUAGCAGAGAGAACAGUCUAUGACUAGGGUGGCUGGAGUCUUUGACAAUUUUUAGGGCCUUCCUCUGACACCGCCUGGUAUAGAGGUCCUGGAUGGCAGGAAGCUUGGCCCCAGUGAUGUAUUGGGCCAUACGGACUACCCUCUGUAGUGCCUUGCGGUCGGAGGCCGAGCAGUUGCCAUACCAGUCAGUGAUGCAACCAGUCAGGAUGCUCUCGAUGGUGCAGCUGUAUAACUUUUUGAGGAUCUGAGGACCCAUGCCAAAUCUUUUCAGUCUCCUGAGGGGGAAUAGGUUUUGUCGUGCCCUCUUCACGAUUGUCUUGGUGUGUUUGGAACAUGAUAGUUUGUUGGUGAUGUGGACACCAAGGAACUUGAAGCUCUCAACCUGUUCCACUACAGCCCCGUCAAUGAGAAUGAGGGUGUGCUCAGUCCUCUUUUUUUUUCCUGUAGUCCACAAUCAUCUCCUUUGUCUUGAUCACGUUGAGGGAGAGGUUGUUAUCCUGGCACCAUACGGCCAGGUCUCUGACCUCCUCCCUAUAGGCUGUCUCAUCUUUGUUGGUGAUCAGGCCUACCACUGUUGUGUCGUCGGCAAACUUAAUGAUGGUGUUGGAGUUGUGCCUGGUCAUGCAGUCAUGGGUGAACAGGGAGUACAGGAGGGGACUGAGCACGCACCCCUGAGGGGCCCCCGUGUUGAGGAUCAGCGUGGCAUAUGUGUUGUUAUCUACCCUUACCACCUGGGGGCGGCCCGUCUGGAAGUCCAGGAUCCAGUUGCAGAGGGAGGUGUUUAGUCCCAGGGUCCUUAGCUUAGUGAUGAGCUUUGAGGGCACUAUCGUGUUGAACGCUGAGCUGUAGUCAAUGAAUAGCAUUCUCACGUAGGUGUUCUUCUUGUCCAGGUGGGAAAGGGCAGUGUGGAGUGCAAUAGAGAUUGCAUCAUCUGUGGAUCUGUUGGGACGGUAUGCAAAUUGUAGUGGGUCUAUGGUUUCUGGGAUAAUGGUGUUGAUGUGAGCCAUGACCAGCCUUUCAAAGCACUUCAUGGCUACAGACAUGAGUGCUACGGGUCGGUGGUCAUUUUGGCAGGUUAUCUUAGUGUUCUUGGGCACAGGGACUAUAGUGGUCUGCUUGAAACAUGUUGGUAUUACAGACUCAGUCAGGGACAUGUUGAAAAUGUCAGUGAAGACACUUGCCAGUUGGUCAGCACAUGCUCAGAGUAUGCGUCCUGGUAAUCCGUCUGGCCCUGCGGCCUUGUGACCUGCUUACAACUCUUACUCACAUCGGCUACGGAGAGCGUGAUCACAUAGUCAUUCGGAACAGCUGAUGCUCUCAUGCAUGCUUCAGUGUUGCUUGCCUCGAUGCGAGCGUAUAAGGGAUUUAGCUCGUCUGGUAGGCCCUUGUCACUGGGCAGCUCGCUUCACUGCAGUUAUUUUGAGCAGUGAUAGACUAUUGCAACCAUUGUUGGUAUUGACCAUGAUAAAGUGUUGCUAGGAGUUAGGGUAACAACACCAGUUUCAAGCAGCGUUGUUAACAAGCUCUGGUCGUUCAAACAUUGUUGCAUAUAGAGAUUUUUCAUUGUCUUCUCUUCUCUGCCAAAUUGUGCUCAACAGGUGGUGCGACUGGGUAUGUUCGAGGUGCACUGCCACGAACUUGUCCGUGCCCUGGUGAAGCGUGCCGAGGGACUGCGGCAACAACUGGUCACACAUAUGUUGGAAAACCACCAGGAAAUGAACAAGAAGUGAGUAACUUUUCUACCCUGUAAAGAUUCCCAUUCUCUCAGAAUGAGCCUUAGGCCUCAACAAAGCGCACACAAAAAUCAUCCCUGAGGCCAUUGCAGAAAGUGCUCUGUCAGAGUGAAGUUUCUCCUCAAGAAAUACCUCGGGCAUAAAAAUACUUUCUGCAGUCAAACUUCUCACUUUUGACCAAUACCAAAUAGAGCGCAGGACCUUAGCUGACCCCACUUUGUGAACAUGUUUUUUUUUUUUUUUUACAUAAACAAGUGUUAUAGCACUACAUUAUUGACCUUCUAAAUCCCAAUACUAUUCAGAGCUCCCUGUAGAGUGCUAUCAUUCACUAGUCAGACAUUCGUGCUCUGGCCUGGCUGUGCUGCUAACGACACUGAGUUCGCUCUAAUAUGAUCUGACUGCAGGCUCUGUGAUGAAUUACCAGAUCCCCUGUGUGUGCAUGUGUGCUUGUGUGCAUGUGUGUGUGUGUGUCCUGUGUGUGCGUGCACGUGCCUGCGUGUGUGUGACUGCAGGCUCUGUGAUGAAUUUGAGAAGAUCGCCGAGAAGGCACUGAGCACCCCUCCCAACACACAGGAAAUGAUGGAGCUCAAGGUAAGGUCCCCCGUCACACUCGCUGCUGCCGCUGCUGCAGUGUGUAUCAUGAGGGAUUCAAAACCCAGACAUAAAAUACCAUGAUUUUGGGGAUUUCCACGAAAUGUAAUCUAUAGAAUAGUCUUUUGGAGGAAGGAAUCUUGACAUAUAUUUGACAUUUGUAUCUAAAAUAAUAUAAUAAUAACCCUAGGCCGGGGUUGCAAAGCUACCGGUAAUUUACCAAAGUUACCAGAAUCUUCAGUAAUUUUGGUCAUUAACAGAAAAUCUAUUGCAAUAGUUGUGGCAAAGAGUUCAAUUGAACUCAACCAAAACAAUGGAACUGCCAUGGAAACGCAUGGGGUAUAGAUCCCAAAUCUCCUCAUUGCCCCCCAGCAAAAUCUGACCGUAAGGCGCUACAGAGGGUAGUGCGUACGGCCCAGUACAUCACUGGGGCCAAGCUUCCUGCCACCAAGGACCUUUUGCCUUGCAAAAGUAUUCAUCCCCCUUGGCAUUUUUCCUAUUUUGUUGCAUUAAAUCUGUAAUUUAAAUGGAUUUCAUGUAAUGGACAUACACAAAAUAGUCCAAAUUGGUGAAGUGAAAUAAAAAAAAUUUAGAAAGGAAAAGUGGUGCGUGCAUAUGUAUUCACCCCCUUUGCUAUGAAGCCCCUAAAUAAGAUCUGGUGCAACCAAUUACCUUCAGAAAUCACAUAAUUAGGUAAAUAAAGUCCACCUGUGUGCAAUCUAAGUGUCACAUGAUCUCAGUAAAUAUACACCUGUUUUGAAAGGCCCCAGAGUCUGCAACACCACUAAGCAAGGGGCACCACCAAGCAAGCGGCACCAUGAAGACCAAUGAGCUCUCCAAACAGGUCAGGGACAAAGUUGUGGAGAAGUACAGAUCAGGGUUGGUUUAUAAAAAAAAUAUCUGAAACUUUGAACAUCCCACAGAGCACCAUUAAAUCCAUUAUUAAAAAAUGGAAAGAAUAUGGCACCACAACAAACCUGCCAAGAGAGGGCCGCCCACCAAAACUCACGGACAAGGCAAGGAGGACAUUAAUCAGAGAGGCAACAAAGAGACCAAAGAUAACCCUGAAGGAGCUGCAAAGCUCCACAGUGGGGAUUGGAGUAUCUGUCCAUAGGACCACUUUAAGCCGUACACUCCACAGAGCUGGGCUUUACAGAAAAGUGGCCAGAAAAAAGCCAUUGCUUAAAGAAAAAAAUAAGCAAACACGUUUGGUGUUCGCCAAAAGCCAUGUGGGAGACUACCAGGUACUCUGGUCAGAUGAGACGAAAAUUGAGCUUUUUGGCCAUCAAGGAAAACGCUAUGUCUAGCGCAAACCUAACACCUCUCAUCACCCUGAGAACACCAUCCCCACAGUGAAGCAUGGUGGUGGCAGCAUCAUGCUGUGGGGAUGUUUUUCAUCGGCAGGGACUGGGAAACUGGUCAGAAUUGAAUGAAUGAUGGAUGACGCUAAAUACAGGGAAAUUAUUGAGGGAAACCUGUUUCAGUCUUCCAGAGAUUUGAGACUGGGACGGAGGUUCACCUUCCAGCAGGACAAUGACCCUAAGCAUACUGCUAAAGCAACACUCAAGUGUUUUUAGGGGAAACAUUUAAAUGUCUUGGAAUGGCCUAGUCAAAGCCCAGACCUCAAUCCAAUUGAGAAUCUGUGGUAUGACUUAAAGAUUGCUGUACACCAGUUUUGCCUUGAAGAAUGGGCAAAAAUCCCAGUGGCUAGAUGUGCCAAGCUUAUAGAGACAUAUCCCAAGAGACUUGCAGCUGCAAAAGGUUGCUCUACAAAGUAAAUGCCAAUGCAUAGUCACUUUACCCCUACGUACAAAUUACCUUGACUAACCUGUACCCCCGCACAUUGACUUGGUACUGGUACCCCCUGUAUAUAGCCUCGUUAUUGUUAUUUUAUUGCGUUACUUUUUAUUUUAUUUUUUACUUUAUUUAUUGAUCUGCAUUGUUGGUUAUGGGCUUGUAAGUAAGCAUUUCACAGUAAGGUCUACACCUGUUGUAUUCGGCGCAUGUUACAAAUAACAUUUGAUUUUAUUUGAUAACAAGAUGAAACAAGCUACUAUGGCAGUUUCUUGUCAUUCAUACUAGCAAUCUGGUCAUCCAGAAUCACAACAACGGGUUGACUUCUGCCCCAUGGAAGCGCGCACAUCAUUUUAGUGACGUUGUCGGCCAAACCAUCUAUGCGAAUGGGAGUUAAGCCUUUAGCAGUCACUUCUUCUAAACCUGGAAAGGGACAACAUCUAAAUGUUAUCCACCGAAAACAGCAAAAUAUAUCAAAAUCUGACUUAAGUGCCUGUUGCAAUACAUAAAUCAUGACAGAUUUCACGAAUAUCCACUUUGUUAGAUCAGAUUUGUUGAAUGUGCGCCUAUCUGGUCAAUGGAAUGGUCUGCUCUCCAUUGACUCCUUUACUGCAUCUAUCUAUCGUAUCUUUGGUCAUUUAUAAUUGAAUAACUUUUAAACAGAAGGUGCUCUUUGGUAAAAGGGGUAAAUUGUUCAUCAAAAAGAAAGGAGGACCAAGGCACUCUUCAUAUAAUUAAUUAAAAUGCCUUUAUUUGUAUGGCAUGUUCAAUGGAAACAAAGUUUUAAAACUCUGACCCAUUCCAGCUGCAUGGCCUUCGUCAGGGAGUACAAAGAUAUGAUAAUACAAUGUCCUCUUUUGAACAGCUUUUUCCAAUCAACCCUGAGGGAGUGGUUUCAGAAUUCAUUGGACAACACCUAUGAAGCAAUAAUAUACACAUUACAAAGUUAAAUACUGUAGAUAUGUUAUAAAACAUGCAUCUCAAGGCUAACCUUGAAUAUGACUGGGCAAAGUGUUAAGAAUAGGAGCGCCAUCUAUUUUAUAGUACACUAGAACGCUUUAAACAUGGACCACAACAGUCUAAACAUAGCUGAGGGCAAUAGAGCAAAAUGUCCACUAGAUGACAGCAAAGGGACCUCUCAGGACCCUACAGGGUACUUAGUGUCCUGUAGUUUGUAAAUCCAAAAACAUUCCCUUUGGUUUAGCUGUUUAAGACGGUCCCCUUUUCUAAUCGAGGCCGGAACAUGAUCAAUACCCGUAGCUUGUAGGGAGGCAGGGUUGCCAUGGUGUAAGGACUUUAGUUUUCAUUGCCUACCCGUAUGGCGUACUUGUGUUCCGCUAAGCGGUCUUGAAGGCGUCUCUUUGUCCGUCCAAUGUAGAACACCUUGCACUGUGGACAUUCCAAUCUGUAGAUGACAUACAUUUUGCAGUUAACGAAAUGCUUGAAUUGAAACUCCAUUUGAGAAGCUGUAUACUUUUUCUGUGCAAUAUUUCUGCAAUGGUUGCACUGGUUGCAUUUAAAAGAGCCCCUUGGUUUGUGGUCUAGCCAAGUUUCUUGAGAGUCACCAGGAAGAUAGCUGUGGACUAAUUUGUCAUUUAGGGUAGGACAUCUCUUAAAGCUUAUGACUGGUGGCUCUGGGGGGAUUUAAAAAAUAUAUAUAUUUUUUCAAAUAUAGUAUAAUUUUUUAUAUCUUUGUCCAUAUUGUUCAUGAGUUUCUAGUAGAUAGAACAUUUGGUUGAAGAGAAAAUAGCCUAAUUGAUGAAAAAAGCAUCUAAUUAACGAUGGCAUUAUUUUCCAUUACCUCUGCACCUCAUCCAACUAUUUACUUUUUUCACAACUGCCACCAGAUUGACGCCAAAACAUUGACAACAAAUACAUAUUGACAUAGUACAAUAAAUAAGUGUGUACAAUCUUUUUACGGUUUAAGGAACAAAAUAUUAUGACCCAUCGAACACGCAUGUGUCUUCUGAUUCCCUCUACAAUGCCCAUAAGCCUAAUUUGAACAGAGUCGACAAGACCAGUUACUAAAUCAGACGGGGAGAAAAAGAACAUCAAUGAUGAUGUUCUUUUCCACAGAGAAGAUCAUACAGAAUUAUUGCCUGAUGAUUUUCUGAACUUCCUAAUACCUUUCUGAUGGAUUUUAGUCACUUCAAACCAUACUUCCUUCAGAUUGAAAUGUGGUCAAAAGUACUGUCAGACUGAUUUGUAAUAGACAAGCAUAGCCCCAAUUAAAAAAGUUAACAUUGGCUGUUGAUUACAUCACUUUUUUUUUACAUGGUGUUUUAUAUGAAAAUGGGGUCAAGGGCCAAACAAGUUUGGUUUCCCCUGCUCUACGGGCAUAUUAAAGUUCCAGAGUGUGAUCUCUGCUGCUUUUAGAGUUAGGAUCCAAUUUGUAAACAUUACCAACAGAGUAAAUGGAUUCAGGUUUCGCCACCUUGUGGACUGGCUGUGCCACUAUGUAAAAUAACUAUUUAUAAAAUAACGAAAUAUAUAUAUUUUUUGUCAUCAUAUUUAUUUGUUAUCAUAUAAGGCAAUCUUUUCUCUAGAUUGCAGGAAAUGACAGUUACAUGUUUUCUCCCCCUGGCCAUACUCAGCAGCACCACUUUCUAAAAUAAUCCUGGGGAGAACUCUGGGAUUCAAAAUGGUCCCCCUCUGCUGGUGAUUUGCAGGGUGUGCAAUGAUACAAGUAAAAGGAUGGCUGUGAUUGGUUUUAUUGCCUACUAUGCCAAUUUCUCCAUAUAAAAUGGGCCAUCACUUUAAUACUCACUGAGAUCCCACUCUGGAACUUUGAUAUUACAUUUACAUUUUAGUCAUUUAGCAGACGCUCUUAUCCAGAGCGACUUACAGUUAGUGAGUGCAUACAUCAUUAUUUUUUAUCUUAAAAAAAAAUAUAUAUAUAUUUUACUAUCAUUUUCUUUUUUUAUCUUUAUUUCUUUUUUCAUUUUCAAUAUUUUUUUUUUUUAAAUAUUUUUUUCUUUUCUCUUUUUUUUGUUUUUUGUUUGUUUUCUAUAUAUAUAUAUAUAUAUAUAUAUAUAUAUAUAUAUAUAUGCCAGUAGAGUAUAUUGUGUUCAACAAACUAAACUAUAGUUUGUUAACAAGAGAUGUAUGUAUUUGAUACACUGCCGAUUUUGCAGGUUUUCCUACUUACAAAGCAUGUAGAGGUCUGUAAUUUUUAUCAUAGGUACACUUCAACUGUGAGAGACGGAAUCUAAAACCAAAAUCCAGAAAAUCACAUUGUAUGAAUUUUAAGUAAUUAAUUUGCAUUUUAUUUGAUACAUCAGAAAAGCAGAACUUAAUAUUUGGUACAGAAACCUUUGUUUGCAAUUACAGAGAUCAUACGUUUCCUGUAGGUCUCGACCAGGUUUGCACACACUGCAGCAGGGAUUUUGGCCCACUCCUCCAUACAGACCUUCUCCAGAUCCUUCAGGUUUCGGGGCUGUCGCUGGGCAAUACGGACUUUCAGCUCCCUCCAAAGAUGUUAUAUUGUGUUCAGGUCUGGAGACUGGCUAGGCCACUCCAGGACCUUGAGAUGCUUCUUACGGAGCCACUCCUUAGUUUCCCUGGCUGUGUGUUUCGGGUCGUUGUCAUGCUGGAAGACCCAGCCAUGACCCAUCUUCAAUGCUCUUACUGAGGGAAGGAGGUUGUUGGCCAAGAUCUUGCGAUACAUAGCCCCAUCCAUCCUCCACUCAAUACGGUGCAGUCAUCCUGUCCCCUUUGCAGAAAAGCAUCCCCAAAGAAUUAUGUUUUCAUCUCCAUGCUUCACGGUUGGGAUGGUGUUCUUGGGAUUGUACUCAUCCUUCUUCUUCCUCCAAACACGGCGAGUGGAGUUUAGACCAAAAAGCUAUAUUUUUGUCUCAUCAGACCACAUGACCUUCUCCCAUUCCUCCUCUGGUUCAUCCAGAUGGUCAUUGGCAAACUUCAGACGGGCCUGGACAUGCGCUGGCUUGAGCAGGGGGACCUUGCGUGCGCUGCAGAAUUUUAAUCCAUGACGGCGUAGUGUGUUACUAAUGGGUUUCUUUGAGACUGUGGUCCCAGCUCUCUUCAGGUCAUUGACCAGGUCCUGCCGUGUAGUUCUGGGCUGAUCCCUCACCUUCCUCAUGAUCAUUGAUGCCCCACGAGGUGAGAUCUUGCAUGGAGCCCCAGACCAAGGGUGAUUGACCGUCAUCUUGAACUUCUUCCAUUUUCUAAUAAUUGCGCCAACAGUUGUUGCCUUCUCACCAAGCUGCUUGCCUAUUGUCCUGUAGCCCAUCCCAGCCUUGUGCAGGUCUACAAUUUUAUCCCUGAUGUCCUUACACAGCUCUCUGGUCUUGGCCAUUGUGGAAAGGUUGGAGUCUGUUUAAUUGAGUGUGUGGACAGGUGUAUUUUAUACAGGUAACAAGUUCAAACAGGUGCAGUUAAUACAGGUAAUGAGUGGAGAACAGGAGGGCUUCUUAAAUAAAAACUAACAGGUCUGUGAGAGCCGGAAUUCUUACUGGUUGGUAGGUGAUCAAAUACUUAUGUCAUGCAAUAAAAUGCAAAUUAAUUACUUAAAAAUCAUACAAUGUGAUUUUCUGGAUUUUUGUUUUAGAUUCCGUCUCUCACAGUUGAAGUGUACCUAUGAUAACAAUUACAGACCUCUACAUGCUUUGUAAGUAGGAAAACCUGCAAAAUCGGCAGUGUAUCAAAUACUAGUUCUCCCCACUGUACAUGUACAUAUUACCUCAAUUACCAUCGAUUAACCUGUACCCCCACACGUUAACUCAGUACCGGUACCCCCUGUAUAUAGUCUCGUUAUUGUUAUUUUAUUGUUGCUCUUUUAUUUUUUACUUUAGUUUAUUUAGUAAAUAUUUUUCCUAACUCUUACUUUUCUUAAAACUGCAUUGUUGGUUAAGGGCUUGUAAGCAUUUCACCUGUUGUAUUCGGCGCAUGUGACAAAUAAAAAUUGAUAUAAGUAUAAAUAAUAUGUAUGAACUGAAUAUGCUUGUCAACAACAGCCAGUGUUUAUUUUUUUUAAAUGUGUUUUACCUGUAGCCUAAUCUGACUACUGUUACCGUCAAUCUAAUGUGUUCAUCAUAACACAAGGCUACAACAACAAUAAACUGAAGUUAUAGGCUAUUAUUCAAUUGGUUUGCCAGCUCCAGGUAGGCUACACAAUUGGCACAAAUUGAUUUGCAACGACUCCAUUGAUAUCGUAAUUGCAACAUAUUUAUUGUAUCAAAUGGUAGCCUACAAUGGCAUAUACAUUAAUAGGCUACUUGAUGGCCAACAGAGGCAAAUGUAUAAUUCUCAACAUUUAGCCUAAUGUCAGUUUCAUUGAGGACUUUUCCCCAUAAAAAGAACCACACGAGGGAGUUACAUAACUUACAUUUCAAAUUUCAACUCAGGCAGCCCCCGAGACCCAAGAACUGAGCAUGCAUAAAGCACUUCGCUUCAUAUCGUUUUCUUUAAGCAAUCAACAUUAGAAUGCAGUUUAAACCACCUCCAAGCGGAUUUAUGUAAUGCGCUCUAGUGCGCCCAAAGUCAUUUUCCAGUGCUUUGUCUCCAUUAUUUCUUGAUGUGCAUCAGUUCUAGCGUAUGUAUUAAUAUGUUUUAUGGAAAAUAGUUUGGAAAUAGGUUGUCUCCAUAAUGACAAUCUCAAUAGCCUACCUACAACUGGUAAAAAGUUGUCACAAUAUGCGCACGUGCUGCUCUCUCUCCUCUCGCUCACGUGACUCAGCCAAUGCUCUCUCAAAAAAUACACACACACACACACACACACUCACUCACACCCACUCCUCCAGCCCUCCCCACCACUCACUCACUCACUCAGCAACUGCCUGCCUCACUGCCUGACAGUCAGCAGCAGGUUACAGUGAAAUAUAUAUUAUUUAAGAGAAAUGCCAUGGCGGCCACGGUGCAACUUAGAAAUAGCCCAAAAACCUGCGACCGAUACAUUUUCACCCGCGACAUCGUUUUCAAAGUAGCCCAAUUUGGCAGCAAAACUGCGAACUUGGCAACACUGUUUAGAACUGUGUUUUGUGCAAAUUGCAUUUGGGCAAAUGUUUGAAAAUGACGUUUUAUUAGCUGCUUCAUUACAGGAGUUGCAUGUUCAAUAAUAGGCUAUAGCCUUUUGACUGUAAGACCAUAGGCUUGCUAUUGUUGCAUGAUUCCAUUAAGCUCUUAAUGAAAAAUGUCUGGUCCUUGUAUGCAUUUAUAAACUGGGUGGUUCGAGCCCUGAAUGCUAUUUGGCUGAAAGCCGUGGUAUAUCAGACCGUAUACCAUGGGUAUAACAAAACAUUUAUGUUUACUGCUCUAAAUACAUGGUAACCAGUUUAUAAUAGCAAUAAGGCACCUUGGGGGUUUGUGAUAUAUGGCCAAUAUAUCCCGGCUAAGGGCUGUAUUCAGGCACUCUGUGUUGCGUCGUGCUUAAGAACAGCCCUUAGCCGUGGUAUAUUGGCCAUAUACCACACCUCCUCGUGCGUUAUUGCUUAAGCAUAGUAUCAGAGAGGAAGAGGCGAAGCGAGAGGUUUCACUCUCACCAAAAUCUGUCCAAAGCAUGUUGCCCGCCUUGGGACAACUCCCAUUGUUAGGGCGGAAACAUAACCAUCUCUUCAUUAUAUAAAGAUAUUCAUAAGUUAAUAUAUAUAUGUUUUUAUUGAAAUCAAAAUACUACUCAUAUAACAGAGCAAGCAGUAAAGCUUCAUAUGACACAAAUUACUCAAAUAUAUGUCAACAAUCCUUCCACCAAAGGACCAUUCUAUGGAUUACAUUUUGUGAAAAUCCCCCAAAUCACAGUCUUUUUUUGUCUGGGUUUCAUGAGGAAUUUCACGACUGACCAGCCUUUUUUCAUUCAUCAGUUUUCAUUUUCUCUUUGUAUGGACAUGCCUCCUUUUCUUUGAUUUAUUCUUCUGUUGUUACUGCCAUUUGCUUUUGUUACUGUCUUACUUUUGUUACAGUACAUCAAUUCCACUUCAAACCUCGUCAUGAAAAUAUACAGCAUAUAUAAAUAAAUAAAUAUGAGUCCUGUGUGAGUUGGAUUCUAUUUCCUCAAUGGUCAUUAUGAGUUCCAUGAGAGGUUGUUGUGGGGCUGUUGUGUCCCCUGGCUGUGUUUCUGAAACAGCCUCCUCUACGGCUCAGUGACUUUUAUACAAUAGUCCUACAUUUUUCUAUUUUGAGUCUGGUCUUCAGUCAGUUUCCUUGGGAUUCAUUAAAACAAGUCACACUAUGGAUGAAAAAUAGCUGUCUAACUAAGUCCAGCAUUAUUACACCUCAGCAUUGUCUGAUUUGAUUGUUGUGUACUGUCCCUGUUAAACACAUUAUAUAAUAAAUAAUACGUACCAUAUCAAGCGGUUACCAUUUAUUUUUUAGGAAUUUUAAAGUACUUGAAAUUGUUACCCUUGUCAUUUCCUAAUGAACCUCACAAAAACCAGCAAACACAUCUGUAAAUAUAAGUAAGCAUCACUAUGACCUUCUUGUUUCCUAUUCCCAGAAUUUACCACAUUCUCUCCCACUUUUCCAGGUGUUUGUGGACAAGGUGGAGGCCACGGAGAUGCCCCUCCUGGAGACCAAGCUGUCAGAGUCCAAGACCCGUCUGUGUUUCCUAGUGGACUAUGUCACCUUCUCCCCUGUGGACAUGCGCCUCAACCGGCAGACCUUCCAGUGGCACACACGCAUGCCCUCCAUCUUCGAGGAGCACCGGCAGAUCACCAGGGAGAAGACGGAGCAGUACCAGGGUGGCCUUAAGGUCAGUUAGACAGCAGAGGGAGAGUGGAAGUAAAACAAACCAUAUCGGGUGUAUUCAUUAGCACACAUUGUAGUAAAAUGCUGUGCAACUGAAAACAAAAAUUAGCGUUUAUUAUUGGACCAGGUCCAGGUAGUCCCUCCCUGUUUCACUCUGUUUUUGUAAAUUUGGUGCCUGAUGAACACGACCCUGAUAAUCUGUCUAAGCCACUCUUGAAAGUUAACAGUACACCAAACCCUCACAACCUAAAACAACCAAUUCUCCUCCUCACACCAAUGACAUACAGUACUUUGUAUUAAAAUGACCUUGCAACAAAACUCACCAUUAAUUAAAAAAGCUACUUGUCAUGUCCAGACCAUUUAUUAACUUCUAGUUAUUCAGGGUAGCACAAUUGAGACUCAUUCCCAAUGGUGCCCUGAGUACAAACAUUUUCUCACAAACAGGAAGGAAAAUGUACAUGACAAAUAAAACAAGAGGAAUAUAAAUAACCACCAGGCACAACCUCAACACCACAAUUACAACAAAUAAACCACUACAAUCAAUCGAAACAACUGCAAUCCUCAAUGAAUUCAUUCAACACCUGAGUCCUAAACUCUCCAAGCGGCACCAGGGAAACAAGAUGCAAGGAAUUUUGUAGGUUAUUCCAACAAUGUUGGCACUAAAACUAAAUGAGGAUUUACAUAAAUUGGUCGAGACCCGAGGAACCUCAAGAGUUCGCCAAUCCUGCGAGCGGGUUUGGUAGCUAAUUUUAUACGUUAGCAACACAAUUAGGUAAGUUGGAAGCUUGUGUAGGAGAGCUUUGUAAACAAAAAGGGAAUCAUUAAGUGAUAUAUGGGAUUUUAAUGAGGACCAGCAAACCUUUUGAUACAGGAUGCAGUGGUUAGUAUUAAAACUGUCACCUGUGAUAAAGCGAAGGGCGCUAUGGUAGACGGCAUCCAAAGGUUUAAGAGUAGUGGCUGCUGCAAUCUGGUAAAUGGUUUCACCAUAGUCAAGAACUGGCAGGAAAGUUGACUGUAGAAUCUGCUUCCUACUAUUUAGGGAUCUAUAUAUAUAUAUAUAUAUAUAUAUAUAUAUUUUUUUUUAAAGAGCCCACUUUAAAUCUUAGCGUUUCAACUAGCUCAUUCAUAUAUAUUUGUUUAAACAUUAAGUCUUUGUCAAUCCAAAUGCCCAGAUAUUUAUCAGUGGGAACCCGAUCGAUGGGAGAACCAUCCAAUGAAUAAAUACAGUAUGUAGUCCAUCUGAAAUGUUUUUGCGAGAAUUAGAGAACAACAUAUAUUUAGUCUUGCCCGCUUUAAGUACAAUACCACUGACUCACCUCUUUUGAUACUGCAUACGAACGAUUAACUCCAAAUGUGUAUCUCUCCCACUGUAUUUCCCCUUUAGCUGCGGUGCGAGAGGUUUGUGGAGGAGCUGGAGAGCUAUGCCAAGCAGGCGGAGGAGUUUGCCACCUUCGGGGACCUGUCCGAGCUUAGCAAGUACCUGAAAAAGGCACAGACCCUUAACUCCAAACUGGACACUGCCAUGGAGAAGGUGAGGAGGAUUGGGACCCUCAGCUAUUCGCCAGGGUUUUCUGCAAUUAGCGUGCUUGCUGAAAGGGGUUGAUAUGAAAAUAACAAUGGACAAUAAAGUAUUCUUCUUGUUCUUCUCUGAAAUGACUGUAGAGGGCAACAGAGACAGUAUAAUAACGUGAUGAUGAGUGUUUGUGUUUAGAGAUUGUGUGCAGUAUCUGCAAUAACACACACCCUCAUGUAUUUUAAAAAACAGUUUCACACUGACAAUUUUUUUUGACAAUUAAUUAAUGAUGGCUUUCUUUUGUUACCACUGUAAUUGCCCAUGGUGCCAGCAGUCCACUUUGCCUUGACGUCUCUGUCUCCACCUCCCCUUCCCCCUACAGAUUGAAGGCUUCAACCAGGAGGAAGAGGCCUUCAACUGGCCCGUGUCCCAGUACCCGCAGCGCAAGAAGGUCCAGGACCGCCUGCAGCCCUUCCUCCGCCUCUACGAGACGGCCACAGAGUUCCAGAACCAGCACCGUAAAUGGGUCCACGGGCCGCUGUCCGCGGUCAACCCAGACAAGGUGGAGGGCGAUGUGGGCAACUACUGGCGCGCCCUUUACAAGCUGGAGAAGGGUUUUGGGGACACGCCCAAGGCCCUGCACAUUGCUAGCCACGUUAAGGCUGAGGUGGAGGCCUUCAAGGAGCACAUCCCCCUCGUACAGGUAUGUAGAGGUAUGUGGCGGUUGAUCGGAAAGCGCCCUUGAGCCGCUGUCAGUUCAGGCACAAUGGCACAUUCAAAAAUAACCCAGUUACAUGUAGGAUGCUACGAAUAUUCUGUGUUAUGAAUGUACAUACUCUUUGUGUUGACUUUUGAGCAGAUACUUUUUAGACUUUCUUUUAUUGGGUUCAGACUUUUUGGUUUUGUGUACCUAGCGGAGUCUUGUUGCUAUGUUCUAGCUACGUUGUUGGCAAAAAUAAUCUUACAUUCAUUGUUAGAACCUUUGUAGGAGCAUCGUUAAAUCUCGAGCUGUUUCCCAAAACCAUCGUUAUUAACUUUGCACUUGAAAACAUAAUCUAACACCUGCCUCAGACCACUCAUAGUGGGUCGUUAGAUGCUUUUUUGCCCUCCAGCGUCACUUUAUACACAGAAGAUCUCCUCUAAACUUAUCCGUCUCACUGUGACCGCCGAUAACUUCAAAACAAAGUUGCCAAUGUCUUUGCAAUUGAUACAAACAAGUGACGUAUAAAAUUAUGAUUAAAAUGAAAAACAAGAUUAGUGCAUUAAAAUAUACACUGUGUACAAAACAUUAGGAACACCUUCCGAAUAUUGAGUUGCACCCCCUUUUUACCUUAGAACAUCCUCAAUUCAUUGGGUGUUGAAGGAGUUCCAAAGGGAUGCUGGCCCAUGUUGACUCCAAUGCUUCCCAUAGUUGUAUUAAGUUGGCUGGAUGUCCUUUUGGGUGGUGGAGCAUUCUUUUUUUUUUCAGGGGUAGAUCAGCUUUAAUAUUGCAGAUAUAUUGUGGCUUCCAUCAAUGUAAUUGCCUGGAUCAUUUCCAACCCACCAUAUAUAUAUAUAUAUAUAUAUAUAUAUAUAUAUAUAUAUAUAUAUAUAUACUACCGUUCAAAAGUUUGGGGUCACUUAGAAAUGUCCUUGUUUUCCAUAAAAACAUACAUAAAAUGAGUUUGAAUAGGACAUAUAGCAAAAUGCAUAGGAAAUGUAGUCAUUGACAAGGUUAGAAAUAAUGAUUUUUAAUUGACAUAAUAAUUGUGUCCUUCAAACUUUGCUUUUAUCAAAGAAUCCUCCAUUUGCAGCAAUUACAGCCUUGCAGACCUUUGGCAUUCUAGUUGUCAAUUUGUUGAGGUAAUCUGAAGAUAUUUCACCCCAUGCUUCCUGAAGCACCUCCCACAAGUUGGAUUGGCUUGAUGGGCACUUCUUACGUACCAUACGGUCAAGCUGCUCCCACAACAGCUCAAUAGGGUUGAGAUCCGGUGAUUGUGCUGGCCACUCCAUAAUAGACAGAAUACCAGCUGACUGCUUCUUCCCUAAAUAGUUAUUGCAUAGUUUGGAGCUGUGCUUUGGGUCAUUGUCCUGUUGUAGGAGGAAAUUGGCUCCAAUCAACCGCUGUCCACAGGGUAUGGCAUGGCGUUAUUGGCCAGUCUGAGAUAUGGCUUUUUCUUUGCAACUCUGCCUAGAAGGUCAGCAUCCCGGAGUCGCCUCUUCACUGUUGACGUUGAGACUGGUGUUUUGCGGGUACUAUUUAAUGAAGCUGCCAGUUGAGGACCUGUGAGGCGUCUGUUUCUCAAACUAGACACUCUAAUGUAUUUGUCCUCUUGCUCAGUUGUGCACUGGGACUUUCUAUUCUGGUUAGAGUCAGUUUGCGCUGUUCUGUGACGGGAGUAGUACACAGCGUUGUACGAGAUCUUCAGUUUCUUAGCAAUUUCUCGCAUGGAAUAGUCUUCAUUUCUCAGAACAAGAAUAGUUGAUGAGUUUCAGAAGAAAGUUAUUUGUUUCUGGCCAUUUUGAUCCUGUAAUCGAACCCACAAUUGCUGAUGCUCCAGAUACUCAACUAGUCUCAAGAAGGCCAGUUUUAUUGCUUAUUUAAUCAGCACAACAGUUUUCAGCGGUGCUAACAUGAUUGCAAAAGGGUUUUCUAAUGAUCAGUUAGCCUUAUGAUAAACUUGGAUUAGCAAACACAACGUGCCAUUGGAACACAGAACUGAUGGUUGCUGAUAAUGGGCCUCUGUACGCCUAUGUAGAUAUUCCAUAAAAUAAUCAGCCGUUUCCAGCUACAAUAGCCAUUUCAAAUAAAAUAAAAUAAAAUUGUAUUGGCCACAUGUGCCGAAUACAACAGGUGUAGACAUUACAGUGAAAUGCUUACGUACAGCCCUUAACCAACAAUGCAUUUAUUUAAAAAAAAUAAAACAACAACAAAAAAGUGUAGAGAAAAAAAGUAAAGUAAAAUAAAAUAACAGUAGGGAGGCUAUAUAUACAGGGGGGUACCGGUGCAGAGUCAAUGUGCAGGGGCACCGGCUAGUUGAGGUAGUUGAGGUAAUAUGUACAUGUGGGUAGAGUUAAAGUGACUAUGCAUAAAUAAUUAACAGAGUAUCAGCAGCGUAAAAAGAUAGGGUGGGGGAUGGGGGGGGGGGCAGUGCAAAUAGUUUGGGUAGCCAUGAUUAGCUGUUCAGGAGUCUUAUGGCUUGGGGGUAGAAGCUGUUGAGAAGUCUUUUGGACCUAGACUUGGCACUCCGGUACUGCUUGCCGUGCGGUAGCAGAGAGAACAGUCUAUGACUAGGGUGGCUGGAGUCUUUUUUAGGGCCUUCCUCUGACACCGCCUUGUAUAGAGGUCCUGGAUGGCAGGAAGCUUGGCCCCAAUGAUGUACUGGGCCGUACGCACUACCCUCUGUAGUGCAUUGCGGUCGGAGGCUAGCAGUUGCCAUACCAGGAGGUGAUGCAACCAGUCAGGAUGCUCUCGAUGGUGCAGCUGUGGAAUUUUUUGAGGAUCUGAGGACCCAUGCCAAAUCUUUUCAGUCUCCUGAGGGGGAAUAGGCUUUGUCGUGCCCUCUUCACGACUGUCUUGGUGUGUUUGGACCAUGAUAGUUCGUUGGUGAUGUGGACACCAAGGAACUUGAAGCUCUCAACCUGUUCCAUUACAGCCCCGUCAAUGAGAAUUGGAGCGUGCUCAGUCCUGUUUCUUUUCCUGUAGUCCACAAUCAUCUCAUUUGUCUUGGUCACGUUGAGGGAGAGGUUGUUAUCCUGGCACCACACGACCAAGUCUCUGACCUCCUCCCUAUAAGCUGUCUCAUCGUUGUCGGUGAUCAGGCCUACCACUGUUGUGUCAUCUGCAAACUUAAUGAUGGUGUUGGAAUCGUGCCUGGCCAUGCAGUCAUGGGUGAACAGGGAGUACAGGAGGGGACUGAGCACCCACCCCUGAGGGGCCCCCGUGUUGAGGAUCAGUGUGGCAGAUGUGUUGUUACCUACCCUUACCACCUGGGGGCGGCCCGUCAGGAAGUCCAGGAUCCUUAGCUUAGUGAUGAGCUUUGAGGGCACUAUGGUGUUUAAUGCUGAGCUGUAGUCAAUGAAUAGCAUUCUCACGUAGGUGUUCCUCUUGUCCAGGUGGGAAAGGGCAGUGUGGAGUGCAAUAGAGAUUGUGUCAUCUGUGGAGUGGGUCUAGGGUUUCUGGGAUAAUGGUGUUGUUGUGAGCCAUGACCAGCCUUUCAAAGCACUUCAUGGCUACAGACGUCAGUGCUACGGGUCGGUAGUCAUUUAAAACAUUAACAAUGUCUACACUGUAUUUCUGAUCAAUUGUAUGUUAUUUUAAUGAACAAAAAAUGUGCUUUUCUUUCUAAAACAAGGACAUUUCUAAGUGACCCCAAACUUUUGAACAGUAGUGUAUAUAUGUAUGUAUAUACUCUGGACUCCAAAAUUGCUCAUCCUAAUAUUUAUAUAUUUCUUAAUUCCAUUAUUUUACUUUUAGAUUUGUGUGUAUUGUUGUGAAAUGUUAGAUAUUACUGCACUGUUGGAGCUAGGAACACGAGCAUUUCGCUCCAGUCGCAAUAACAUCUGCUAAAUAUGUGUAUGUGACCAAUACAUUGUGAUUUGAUUUGAAAUAUUUUGUCUUGCACAUUCCCCCUCUGAAAGGCACAUAUACACAAUCCAUGUCUUAAUUGUUUCAAGGCUUAAAAAUCCUUCUUUAUCCUGUCUCCUCCCCUUCAUCUACACUGAUUGAAGUGGAUUUAACAAGUGACAUCAAUAAGGGAUCAUAGCUUUCACCUGGAUUCAUCUGGCCAGUCUACAUCAUGGAAAGAACAGGUGUUUCUAAUGUUUUGUACAAUCCGUGUGAACAGUAGGCUAUAGGUCUAUUUCAAUCUUAUUGAAAUACAUUUCAUGUUCAGUCAGUUGAGUUAUUUUUUGCUACUUGCUACUAUCUGUAAUUUGUCUCAAUAUAUUUCAUGAUGUGUAGCCUAACAUGUACACAAUGAUGUGCCAAAUCGGUGAUUUUGUGCAUUUUAUUAGAAUUAACCGCCUUGAUAUUUGCAGCCGUAGGUGGUAGUAUCUCUCUAGGAGCUGAUUCGUCGUCAGUAUUGUGAAAUAAUUAUAAUGUUAAGGUAAGAUUUUAAUGGAGAAAGCUGAUCUGAGAGCAGCACUCCCUUUCUUUCGAUCCUAUCAGUAUCGACACAUGCUCCAACGACGCACUUAGCGACCGUUCUCUCUGCGUAGUGUUUUGGGCAACGCAUGUUACAUCUUUGGCCGUUGUAGGAAAGAUGCAUCGUUAAAAUACUUGUAAGCCUAAGUUCCAUUGCUAUCGCGAAACCGGGCCCAGUCCCUUUCACAUCACACCGACACUCAUGAUUUAUGCACUGAUUUAGAUGUAUUAUUAUUCUGUCUACUACUGACAUUGAAUUAAUUGAUUGUAUUCAUGUAGCACUUUCCACUAGAUCUCACAUAACUUUUACCUUGUAUUGGAGUGGCCAACUCAUGUCACCCAACACUAAUCCUUUACAGCUAGUUCUCAACAGUUUAACAAUAGCAUCAUACAUUUCCCAGUAAUAUGAGGAUACAAUACAUGACACUGCCUGCUGCUGUUGCUGUGUAACCCUAGGUGCUGUGUUACCCAAGGCUCAUUGACCCCAAACUUAGCCAAGACACUGCAUACUGGAUGCUUCCCAAAUGGCAACCUAUUCCCUAUGUAGUGCACUACUACUGUAGCUAUGGACUCUGGUAAUUUAGGACGCAGGCCCAGUAUAUGACACAAGAGACUAACAGUAAACCAAAUCCCCUCCAACUAAGGUGCUGUGUAACCCGGGGUUGCGCGACCGCCACUGGGACGCCAUGUCGGCGGUGGUGGGCUUCCCGCUGCGUCCAGCCGAGGAGGGCGCCUGCGUGGCCCGCUUCCUGCCACUGCGCCUGGAGGCCCACCUGGCCAGCUUCGAGGGCGUCAGCGAGGCGGCCAGCAAGGAGCACUCGCUGGAGAAGGCCAUGGAGAAGAUGGCGCUGGAGUGGGGCGACAUGGACUUUGCCCUGCUGCCCUACCGCGAGACUGGCACGUCCAUCCUGUCGUCGGUGGACGAGGUGCAGAUGCUGCUAGAUGACCACAUCGUCAAGACGCAGACCAUGCGGGGCUCGCCCUUCAUCAAGCCCUUCGAGGCUGAGAUCAGGUGAGGAGGGGGGCGGUAUAAAAUUAGGUGAGCAGUUGAGGAGUUUAAAUUACAGUUAAAAAGUACUGUGCAUUUUGUACAAUAUUCUCCAAUUAAAUCGUACACAUAUGGCUUACACAGUACUUGUCUGGGUCAUAUUCAUUUGGCACCAAACGGUAGAAAAUCUACUGAAACAGGAAGUUCCAAUAAGAACUGCUUGUUUUUGUUUUCCAUAUUAUUAUUAUUAUUUUUUUAGAUACGGUGUGCACACUGAAUAUUCUCCCAAUUACCACCUUUAUUGACAACGAUUCGAUCCACAAGGCGUAAUGGUCAUGUGGGUGGGUGUUCUAACUGUGUUGUCAACAUAACAUUCUUUACUGGGUCAUUCCACGAAAUGGGUGCCCUUUCAUAUUUUAAGUAGAAAUGAUGCACCAAUAUUGCAUUUUAAAAGCCUGUUAUAUUGAAUUAAGUGCACUUUAAUAUAGAUCACAUGGAGAAUUCAAUAAAUCUGAUUUUUAAUAUGAAUAAAGGCUUGCUAAAGUGCCAAAAUUCAGCAUUUUGACAUGUCCCUCCGUCAAACCUGUGUCCCUUCUAGGAAGAUUUCAGCCCACUUAAUCCCAACAUCUCUCCCAAUUUUCACCAUCAUUGUAAAGGCCUUGUUUGUUUGCUGCUUUGGCAAAGUCAUUUCUGAAGAUUAUUAUUUAUAUUCAUGUGAUUAGUGAUGCAUUUACAUCUGUCUCUCAUUUUAAGGCCAACCCUGUUAUGCAAACAAUUUACCCCUUUAAAAUAAUGGACCAUUCCACCAAGUUAAAUGAUUCACAGCAGGUGACAUUGUUUGGUUCCUCUGAACAGCAUGGUGGAAAAGGAAGUAAGUCUUUUCUCUUUUUGGUCUAUUUAUAAAGUGUUUUAUCAUCUUUGACUGAGGUGGUCGAGCUCAACACGUCAAGCCUGUUCGCUCAAUUCAUUUGAGGAAAACUGGAAUUUGAUUUAAUUUUCAUUAUGUUUGGAACAUACAGUGGGGUUAGUCAGCCACCAAUUGUGCAAGUUCUCCCACUUAAAAAGAUGAGAGAGGCCUGUAAAUUUCAUCAUAGGUACACGUCAACUAUGACAGACAAAAUGAGGAAAAAAAAUCCAGAAAAUCACAUUGUAGGAUUUUUUAUGAAUUUAUUUGCAAAUUAUGGUGGAAAAUAAGUAUUUGGUCAAUAACAAAAGUUUCUCAAUACUUUGUUAUAUACCCUUUGUUGGCAAUGACACAGGUCAAAUGUUUUCUGUAUGUCUUCAGAAGGUUUUCAUACACUGUUGCUGGUAUUUUGGCCCAUUCCUCCAUGCAGAUCUCCUCUAGAGCAGUGAUGUUUUGGGGCUGUCGCUGGGCAACACGGACUUUCAACUCCCUCCAAAGAUUUUCUAUGGGGUUGAGAUCUGGAGACUGGCUAGGCCACUCCAGGACCUUGAAAUGCUUCUUACGAAGCCACUCCUUCGUUGCCCGGGCGGUGUGUUUGGGAUCAUUGUCAUGCUGAAAGACCCAGCCACGUUUCAUCUUCAAUGCCCUUGCUGAUGGAAGGAGGUUUUCACUCAAAAUCUCACGAUACAUGGCCCCAUUCAUUCUUUCCUUUACACGAAUCAGUCGUCCUGGUCCCUUUGCAGAAAAACAGCCCCAAAGCAUGAUGUUUCCACCCCCAUGCUUCACAGUAGGUAUGGUGUUCUUUGGAUGCAACUCAGCAUUCUUUGUCCUCCAAACACGACAAGUAGAGUUUUUACCAAAAAGUUCUAUUUUGGUUUCAUAUGACAUUCUCCCAAUCCUCUUCUGUAUCAUCCAAAUGCACUCUAGCAAACUUCAGACGGGCCUGGACAUGUACUGGCUUAAGCAGGGGGACACAUCUGGCACUGCAUGAUUUGAGUCACUGGCGGCGUAGUGUGUUACUGGUGGUAGGCUUUGUUACUUUGGUCCCAGCUCUCUGCAGGUCAUUCACUAGGUCCCCCCGUGUGGUUCUGGGAUUUUUGCUCACCGUUCUUGUGAUCAUUUUGACCCCACGGGGUGAGAUCUUGCGUGGAGCCCCAGAUCGAGGGAGAUUAUCAGUGGUCUUGUAUGUCUUCCAUUUCCUAAUAUUUGCUCCCACAGUUGAUUUCUUCAAACCAAGCUGCUUACCUAUUGCAGAUUCAGUCUUCCCAGCCUAGUGCAGGUCUACAAUUUUGUUUCUGGUGUCCUUUGACAGCUCUUUGGUCUUGGCCAUAGUGGAGUUUGGAGUGUGACUGUUUGAGGUUGUGGACAGGUGUCUUUUAUACUGAUAACAAGUUCAAACAGGUGCCAUUAAUACAGGUAACAAGUGGAGGACAGAAGAGCCUCUUAAAGAAGAAGUUACAGGUCUGUGAGAGCCAGAAAUCUUGCUUGUUUGUAGGUGACCAAAUACUUAUUUUCCACCAUAAUUUGCAAAUAAAUUCAUUAAAAAUCCUACAAUGUGAUUUUCUGGAAUUUGUUUUCUCAAUUUGUCUGUCAUAGUUGACGUGUACCUAUGAUGAAAAUUACAGGCCUCUCUCAUCUUUUUAAGUGGGAGAACUUGCACAAUUGGUGGCUGACUAAAUACUUUUUUUCCCCACUGUAUGUAUAAUUACUAAUUUCAUGAACACCAUGUGGUCCCAUGCUCUUCACCAUAUGAGGAGUAAUAGCCGAUCUUCACCUAAAACCUCAACCCUGUUAUCAUCAACCUUGUUAGAGGCCCAACUGUAACGUUAUCAGUUUGAUAUUAUAUGUGAGUUUAUUUGUACAAGGGAUACUUGAUCAAUGAGAACAUUUUUGGAUUUAUCUCAAACAUGCUUUUAAAUAAUAGUUAGGCAGUUAGCUACAUUAGUGUCCGUAACAGGGUUGACAGACAGUGUGGUACAAGUGCAGAUAAAAUGCUCUUAGUUCAUAGGAUGUUAAUGCCUGAGAUGGGAAAAUGUGUUUUUCCAUAGGCUAAACAUAUCCUUCAUGCAAUUGAAUGUUGAAAGAACAAAUAUUUGAAAGUACAUUUUUAAGUUUGCAUGCCCAAAAGGCACCCAUUUAGUGGAACGACCCUACUGGUAGAUAUGUUUGUCAUCGGCAAGGACUAGGGAGUUUUUUAGGAUAAAAAGAAAAGGAAUAGAGCUUAGCACAGGCAAAAUCCUAGAGGAAAACCUGGUUCAGUCUGCUUUCCAACAGACACUGGGAGACAAAUUCACCUUUCAGCAGGACAAUAGCCUAAAACACAAGGCCAAAUAUACACUGGAGUUGCUUACCAAGACGACAUUGAAUGUUCCUGAGUGGCCUAGUUACAGUUUUGACUUAAAUCGACUUGAAAAUCUAUGACAUGACUGGAAAAUGGCUGUGUAGCAAUGAUCAACAACCAACUUGUCAGAGCUUGAAUAAUUUUAAAAAUAAUAAUGUGCAAAUAUUGUACAAUCCAGGUGUGGAAAUCUCUUGGAGACUUACCCAGAAAGACUCACAGCUAUAAUUGCUGCCAAAGUCGAUUCUAACAUGUAUUGGCUCAGGGCUUGAAUACUUAUGUAAAUUAGAUAUUUCUGUAUUUAAUUUUCAAUACAUUUGCUAACAUUCCCCCAAAUUGUUUUCACUCUGUCAUUAUUGGGUAUUGAUGCAUCAUGCGACUCUAAUGAUGAUUUGAAAAAAGUCACAUGAAAGGCAUGAGCUCUGCUUUGUUAUUUGCGCAGGCUACACACACUUCAUCAGUCUCUCAUUCACAACUUGACAAGCACUUGUUAAUGCCUCCAAUUUCCCGGCGGCAUCCCCCUAGUGUGUCCAUAAUGACCCCUAAAAAAUUCCAUGCCUUUUGUGGCCAUUGUGCCCUUGGCUGAAAUAUAAUAAUUAUAAUUCCCUUCUCCCGGCUGCGCGUUCCGAAGCACCUCUCACUCACAUGGUUCUCUCAGUUAUCUCAAUUCUUAUUAGCCAAUGCCCAUCAUGUGAUCGGGUUCUUUUCACAGGCAUCUAUCUUGGCUCCGAAGUAGGCUACAAGUGAAGACAGACACAACUACGCGCGUCCUUCUUAUCGAAUUCCGAGGCGCAUAUUGAAAAUGUUGGAAGAACUGUCUACAUUAACUUUUCAUUAACCAACAAGAUGAGUAGGCCGAACGAACAGCGAAAGCACUAGCCAAGUCAAUCUACUAUCCCCCAUAGUACAAAAGUUGACCUAUUCUGUGCAAUAAAUAAAUAUUCCAAACAUAGUCUGGGACAGUUGUGGGAUGCGAUAGAUCCCAAAUUAAUACAACCACUCGCAUAAAAACAACAACUUUUAAAAGCAGUGAGGCUGAUGCAACAGAUUAGAACAUUUAGCUUAAAAUGUUGAUAAACUCUUAGGCCAAUUCUUCACAUUGUAAGCGCAGCAUUGCACACACGGCAGUAGGCUAUAAGUGCAAAUGUUCCAAAAUGCAAUCAAUUAGCGGGAAGAAAAAACAUUCUCAAAAGUGACCACAAAUGCUAUUUUGCGUGUAAUGCUUUAUUAUUAAGGUGCAUUUUUAUGCUGAAAAUUAUCUUACGCAAACUUGAAACUCAUGCGCCACCUAUGUUUGGCAGGCUUUACAGCGGUUGUAAAGCGGAUUAAUGUGCUUAAUUUUAAGAAGUUAUUUGGCCACUUUAGUUGUGAUACGAACCUUAUCAAAACAUAUAGGCCUAUGGGCUAGGCUACAUGAGGGGAUUUGAAAACGUUGCAAGAAAAUGCAUGCGCUGUUUCUUGGCUUACUGCACUCAAGCUGGGCAUCAUUCACAAGUGAUAGGCUAAUAUUGUCACCCAUCAGACUAUUCUUGAUUUAAUCUUGUCUUUACAUAUACAAAAUAAUAUAUGCGUGAAAUUAGUUUUGAUUUAGAAUGGACCAUUAUCAUGCACCAGUCACGAAACAGGGGAAAAACAAUACAUUUAAUCUAUGCACUUAAAUAGUGAAUGGAGGACUUUUUUUUUUUUUUUUCAUGCCAGCCAGGUAGAUUAUACUCCUGUUGUAAAGCGAAGCAAUGUGCUUAAUAUUAGGAAAGUUGAGAAAUAAAUAUAGUAGUCCUCUGAGGACAUCAGAACUCUUGUUUUCUCGUGCAAUUGCAUAGCCUAUAGAAAUGUUGCGCAACAUGACCUCAUGGGUUCUCAUUAAGUUUUUGAUUAGAUUUUCGAUUACAUUUGCAUUGAUGUCAGAGUGAUUAGAGGGACAAUAGAGUGUUGAGUAACAGGCGGUUAGCAAGUUUGGUAGGCUACUAAUGAACAUCGGCAGCAUCAGAGCUUGGAGAAGACUAGUUACCAUGACUAAACGGUCAAAUGGAAUUUGACUGCGGUAAUACGGUCACCGUAACAGCCCUAGGUAUGAAUACUUUCUGAAGGCACUAUACUUUACUUUACUGACUUUAUUGUCCCCAUGGGGAAAUGUUGUUGCAGUAUCAUGUACGCGUUUAAAGUGGCGUUUAAGUACAGUAGAAAACAAAUUGACAAUAUAACAUUCAUAACAGUUACAUACUAAUAAAAAGAGACUAGACUGCUGGCCUUACUGGAUCGAUAGGAACAUUAGCCCGAGCUGUUUAGGAGGGAUAUCACACCUGGCACAAAUUAUUGUCUAGUUCUGUUUUUCCUGCCAGGGGGUGCCCUAUAACUACACCCAGAGGGGAGUAGCUCAACGUCUGGGUACAGGGGGUGGCUUGGGUCUAAAAUGAUUUUGUGAGCUUUGCUGAGGGCCCUGACCUUAAAGAUAUAAUCCAAGCAUGUCUGUUUGACUCCAAAUACCUUGCUUGCUGUGGUGAUAAUCCUUCUCAGCAUAUUUUUAUGGCUGACAGUGGCAUUGCCAAACCAACAAACAAUACAAAAAGUUAAAAUACUCUCAAUUAAAGAUUUGUAAAACAGAGUCAGUAUAGUACAUUCAACAUUAAAUGAGCCCAGCUAUUUGAGAAAGUAGUCUCUGUUGACUCUUUUUGUAGAUCAGGUCUGUACAUCAAUUCCACUGAAGCUUAUUGUCCAAGAGGACACCCAGAUAUUUGUAUUCCUCUACAAUCUCUAUGUUCUGACCUCUGGUAGAUGUUGCAGAGGUAGGUGUUGUUAACUUCCUGAAGUCUAUGCACAUUUCUUUGGUCUUGUUGGCAUUGAGGACCAAGUGUGAUUCAUCACACCACUCUACAAAGUCAUUUUAGGACCGGGCUAUGGUGUUUCUCGUCAUCAUGCAACAGGCUGAUCAAGGCAGUGUCAUCAGCAAAUUUAACUAAGUGUCAGGAUGGGAAGUAGUACAACUAUUAGUGUACAAGAUGUACAGGAGUGGGGACAAAACACAUCCCUGUGGGGAGCCUAUGUUGGUGGUGCGUAUGUCAGACACGUGGGACCCACCUUGACCUGCUGUGACCAACAGCCACAAAACCAGCCCCCCAUCUAAGGAGAAGUCCCUUACAUGCUGACUAGAACGGGCACGUGUGUGCGUCCGUGUACGCCAUCGCACGCAUGUUGAUGUUGUCCAUCCACAGCAGAGGCGAUCAGGACACGCAGGUUGAACUAUCAAAACGAACUCUGAACCAACUAUAUUAAUUUGGGGACAGGUCGAAACGCAUGAAACAUUCAUGGCAAUUUAGCUAGCUAGCUUGCUGUUGCUAUUUAAUUUGUCCUGGGAUAUAAACAUUGGGUUGUUAUUUUACCUGAAAUGCACAAGGUCCUCUACUCCGACAAUUCAUCCACAGAUAAAAGGGCAACCCUAGUUAGUUUCUAGUGAUCUCUCCUCCUUCAGUCUUCUUCUUCUUCUUUGGACUUUAUAUGGCGGUUGGCAACCAACUUUAAGGUGCAUUACCACCACCAACUGGACUGGAGUGUGGAGCUCCUUCAUCUUUCAAUCACCCACGUGGGUAUAUGCUCCUAAAAACCAAUGAGGAGAUGGGAGAGGCGGGUCUUGCAGCACAUCAAGAGUCAAAAAUAGAGUUAUAUUUUAGCGCCUGGCUACGCAGACGCGCGCGAGCAGUUUGGAUGAAAUGAUUGAAUAACAUGUAUGUGUACAUUUAUUUUGCAACACUCGCGCACGUAACGUGAGCGGUGUGGUCAGCAUGUUAUGAGUCUCUGUGCCAGAAUGUAAGGCUGGAUUGUGUUGAAGGCAGAAGAAAAGUCAACAAACAGAACCCUGAUAUGGGAUUUGGCGCCCUCUAGACGUCUAUAGACCAUGUUGAGGAGAGGAAGAAUGGCGUCAUCAACUCCUCUACUGGGCUGAUAGGCAAACUGAAAGGGGUCGAGGAGCUUCUGGGUGGCGCUGAGAAUGUGACUUUUCACAAUUUUCUCAAAGCCUCCUUGUCCACCAGUAUCUGUCUUCUGAUCUCACGUUGUACAUCUCUUAAAGCCUGUCUAUCACCUUCAGCAUGAAUUGCCUUCUUUCUAUUAAGUAGUGAUUUUAGAUUUGGGGGGGGGGGGGGGGGGGGGGGGGGCUGGUGGUGGCAUUUGGUAUUGUCCCAUAGCACAGAUCAAGAGUCUUAUUUUUCGUAGUGUGACAUUUCACAUUGGUGGUACAUGCGCAGAACCUUGUGCAAAGUGCAGUUGUUAAGGUGACAUUCUGUACUUUUGCCAAAUAUGAAACAUUGGAUCUCAAAUCCCUUUAUACAUUUUUUUUUGAUACGGUGUGCCCUAAUAAAUAUGACCCUGAUGUAUUAAUCCAUUCAUCCAUCCAUCACCAGGGACUGGGAAGGCAAGCUUCUGCUGCUGCAGGAGAUCCUGGACGAGUGGCUGAAGGUGCAGUCCACCUGGCUCUACCUAGAGCCCAUCUUCAGCUCCCCAGACAUCAUGGCCCAAAUGCCAGAGGAGGGACGCCGCUUCACUGCCGUCGACAAGACCUGGAGGGACACCAUGAAGCAAGUAUCUCUG